GAGAAAUUGAUCAAGCAAGACACGACCGGCCAGUACGAUCUCUUGGUCAUCGGAGAAGAGCCAUACAUCGCCUAUAACCGUGUGGGCUUGUCAUCCUUCUUUGAGCAUCGAAAGAUUGAAGAUCUUUACUUGGAACCUCAAGAAUGGUACGCCUCCUUCAAAGAUCGCAAAUUCGACUACCAUCUCAACACCCGCGUCACCGAGAUCCACCCGGAGACCCAGACGGUGCAGACAUCCACCGGAGAUUCAGUCCCAUACGACAUCCUUGUCCUAGCAACUGGCUCCGAUGCCGUUCUCCCAACCAAGACUCCCGGCCACGAUGCCAACGGCGUCUUUGUGUAUCGCACGAUACAAGACCUCGAGCGACUCAUUGAAUUCGCGUCCAGGCACAAGGGGCAAACGGCUGUGACCGUGGGAGGAGGACUGUUGGGACUCGAAGCGGCCAAGGCCAUGACCGAUUUGGAGGACUUUGGCAGCGUCAAACUGAUCGAUCGCAACAAGUGGGUCCUGGCCCGUCAAUUGGAUGCGAAUGCGGGCACGCUGGUGACUCGCAAGAUUCGAGAGCUGGGCCUGGAUGUGCUUCAUGAGAAGCGGGUGAAAGCGGUGGAUACCGACGCCGAAAACAAUGUGGUGGGCAUCAUUUUUGAGGAUGGAGAGCAGAUCGAGUGCUGCUGUAUUUGUUUUGCGAUUGGCAUCAAGCCCAGAGAUGAACUGGGCCACGCGGCCGGCAUCAAGUCAGGUACACGGGGAGGAUUUGUCAUUGGCGAAAGCCUUCAAACUUCCAUUCCCAAUGUAUACGCAAUCGGUGAAUGUGCAAGUUGGGAGAAUCAGACAUUCGGCAUCAUCGCCCCAGGCAUCGAAAUGGCCGAUGUGCUGGCCUACAACCUUACCCAUGCCGACGGAGAGCAAAAGCGCUUCACUCGGCCCGAUCUCAGCACCAAGCUAAAGCUCCUCGGUGUUGAUGUGGCAUCCUUUGGGGACUUUUUCGCCGAUCGAGAUGGUCCUAAGUUUCUCCCGGGUGCUCGUCCGGCGGUCAUUGAAAAUCCACUGAGCGAUGAACACUGCAUCGAACAACAGGAACCGCCCGUCAAGGCCUUGACAUACAAGGAUCCUUUUGGAGGUGUCUACAAGAAGUACUUGUUCACCAUGGAUGGCAAGUUUCUGCUCGGCGGUAUGAUGAUUGGUGACACCAAGGAUUAUCUCAAAUUGAAUCAGAUGGUCAAGAGUCAGAAGGAGCUGAAUAUCCCUCCGAGCCAGCUCAUUCUGGGGGCUCAGAAAGAUGGUGAUGAGAAUGCCGAUGACCUAGUCACUCAUGCAGCAUCUUCCAGAAACGAUGAUGUGCAAAUCUGUUCUUGUCACAAUGUGACCAAGGGAGAUGUGGUUGAAUCGGUCAAGAACGGAACUUGCAAGACGAUGGCCGAGGUCAAGUCAUGCACCAAAGCUGGGACAGGCUGUGGUGGCUGCUUGCCCCUGGUGCAGUCCAUCUUCAACAAAACCAUGCUAGAAAUGGGUCAAGAGGUUUCAAAUCACCGUCAUCCCCUCACAGUGUGUCAACAUAUCCCCUACUCCCGUGCCGACCUCUACAAUAUCGUUGCCAUCAAACAACUGAAGACAUUCCCGGAGGUAAUGAAAGUCGCCGGCAACAACCCCGAGUCCCUGGGCUGUGAAAUCUGCAAACCUGCAAUUGGAUCCAUCCUAUCCAGCCUGUUCAACCCACACAUCAUGGACAAAGGAUACAACGAUCUCCAAGAUACCAACGACAGAUUCCUGGCCAACAUUCAAAGAAACGGCACAUUUUCAGUGGUCCCUCGAAUCGCAGGUGGAGAGAUCACCGCCGAUAAGCUGAUCGCCAUCGGGUCUGUCGCGAAGAAAUACGGACUGUAUUGCAAGAUCACCGGUGCCCAGCGGAUCGACAUGUUUGGCGCCAAGAAGCAGGAUCUGCUCAGCAUCUGGACGGAAUUGGUAGAUGCCGGAAUGGAAAGUGGUCAUGCCUAUGCCAAGGCGUUGCGUGCCAUCAAGAGUUGCGUCGGGACAACAUGGUGUCGAUUUGGGGUCGGUGACAGCGUUGGCAUGGCCGUGCGGUUGGAAGAGCGAUAUAAGAGUGUACGUGCUCCUCACAAGUUCAAAGGUGCCGUCUCCGGCUGUGUGAGAGAGUGUGCCGAAGCGCAAAACAAAGACUUUGGUCUCAUUGCGACGGACAAAGGGUUCAAUAUCUACGUGGGAGGCAAUGGCGGUGCGAAACCUCGACAUUCGGAGCUGUUGGUGACGGAUGUGCCACCCGAGAUGGUGAUGCCGAUCAUUGAUCGCUAUCUGAUCUUCUACAUCCGCACCGCGGACAAGUUACAACGGACCGCGCGCUGGAUUGAGAACUUGCCCGGUGGAAUCCACUACCUCAAGGAGGUGAUCAUCGACGACAAACUGGGCAUCUGCGCCGACAUGGAGCGACAGAUGCAAGAGCUAGUAGACAGUUACUUCUGCGAAUGGACCGAGACCGUGCGGGACCCCAAACGCCGCAAAGUGUUCCAGCAAUUCGCCAACACCGACGAGACCGUCGAAACAGUCGAAGUGGUUCAGGAGCGUGCUCAGAACCGGCCGACAUACUGGCCUGCGACCUCUGCACAGGAGGAUUUCCAGGGUCAUCAAUGGUCAAGUACGUCGUGGCAGCCCAUCAUUCGCGCGGACCAUUUCUCGGACGAGCCUCCGCGAGUCUCGUCGGCGAAUAUCAAGCGGGGCGAUACCCAACUGGCCAUCUUCAAGAUCAAGGGCGAAUUCUACGCGACUCAGCAGAUGUGUCCGCACAAGCGAGCCUUUGUCCUGUCGGACGGGCUAGUGGGCGAUGACGACGCCGGUAAAUACUGGGUCUCGUGUCCAUAUCACAAGCGCAACUUUGAGCUGAACGGGGAGCAAGCCGGGCGAUGCACCAAUGAUGAGAAUGUGAACAUUGCGAUUUUUCCCGUGGAAGAGCGAGAGGACGGCUGGGUAUAUGCCAAGUUACCCCCCGUGGAAGAGUUGGACGAGAUCCUCGGAACGAAGAAGUGGAAAGUCAAGAAGGGAGAGGCUCCAGAUCCGUUCCAGAAGAUGGAUAAACGAUACAAGGGGAUGAGAGGGAAGAAGAUCGCUGAAGGUCAAGGCCCUUUGCGGUCUCAAGCUCAACCGGCAAAGGGAAUUGACUGGUGA